UUUUACAAAUUUGUUUGUUUUUGUUCAAUUAAAUUUUAUUUUAAGUACGAAAAUGUAUGUACAUACUUUCGAAUGCGCAAUUUAUCGAGAAAGCCGCAAGCAGCCUUGAAAGGUGGAUGUAGCACGGAUACGCACCACAAAUUAUAUACCGACGGUGCAGAAAAGUGAAUGUUGCUAUGUAGUUUAUACCACUUCUUCAGGCGGCGUUAGUGCGCGAGGGCACUUUUGAGGUAAAAGGCCGUCAGCCGUCAUGUCCAUGUCAUGUCCUAUUAUCAAUAGAUAGAUAAUUCAAAUUCGAUUCGAUUUGAAGAGUACAUACAUUCGAACGUUCAAUAUUCGAGAAUUUCAUGUCUCGCAUGACUGUGAACUGUUUGCGAGACUACAGUUUUCUGCUUGGCGCUUGCUAUUGAAUUUGAGGUUAUGUAUCUAUUGCCGGCAGAAAGGUUGAGGUUAUACAUGACAGUGGCAUGUUGCGGGACGAACGAUGAACAAAUUGUUACAUAUUCCGAUCAAGGAAGUUAGCCGAGAGAUUUAUGGUGGUGCGAUACGACCGUCCGAGAUCUGUAAGGCUUGUGUUAAGCUGACUUCAGUCAUCAAGCCUUUAAACGCUUAUAUCACCGUGACGAGCGAUGUUGCGGAAGAGCAGGCGAGCGCCGCCGAUGAGAGGCAACGGAGGAGUGCGUUAUUGGGACAGCUCGAUGGCAUUCCCGUUGCCGUUAAGGAUAACUAUUGCGUCGUGGGUAAACCCACGACCUGUGCUUCUCGGAUGUUGGUCAACUUCUCUCCGGGCUACAACGCCACCGUCUACGAGAGGCUCAGGAUGCAGGGAGCCGUGUUGAUCGGCAAGACCAAUCUCGAUGAGUUUGCCAUGGGCUCCGGCACUGUGGACUCGUUUUACGGGCCGACGAAGAAUCUAUGGGGCUCAGACGUUUUAUCUCAAUUUUAUUCGCACGGGUCUGACAGUUCGCACAAGGUCAUCACGAGGAAACUGCAUGAAAAAGAUGCGUGGCGCAUAGCAGGUGGCAGUAGUGGAGGUUCGGCAGUUGCAGUAGCCACAGGUACCUGUUACGCGGCCUUGGGCUCUGACACUGGCGGUUCCACUCGCAAUCCUGCGUCCUAUUGCGGUCUAGUCGGCUUGAAACCAACUUACGGUUUGGUAUCGCGUUACGGCCUUAUUCCUUUGCUGAAUUCGAUGGAUGUCCCUGGUAUUCUCACGAGAACAGUAGACGAUGCUGUAUUAAUUUUAAACGCCAUAGCUGGUCCCGAUCGAGCAGAUCCCACUACUGUGCAGAGAGAAUGUGUUCCAAUUAACUUGUCCGAAACGAUAGACGUUAGCAAUCUCAGGAUUGGGAUACCAAAGGAAUACGGGAUACAAGGCAUAAGUGAGGAGAUUGCGGGAUGUUGGGAGAAGGUAGCUCGUCUUCUGGAAGAAGCGGGAGCCAGUGUAGUUCCAGUGUCGUUACCUCACACCGAUUACUCUAUAGUAUGUUAUUCCGUUUUAAAUCGAUGCGACGUAGCUAGCAACUUGGCUUGUUACGAUGGUAUAGAAUAUGGCCAUAGAGCCGAUGAAUGGAGUUCGGCUCACGAAUUGUACAAGAGAAGCAGAUCGGAGGGCUUUAAUGACGUAGCCAAAGGUCGUAUAUUAGUCGGGAAUUAUUUUCUUUUGGCGGAAAAUUACGAGAAAUAUUAUAUCAAGGCGAUGAAAAUGCGUAGAUUAAUCGCGCGGGACUUUGACGUUCUGUGGCAUAAUAAUAUAGACCUCCUGCUGACCCCGACUACGUUGACCGAGGCACCGUGUUACGACGAAUUUGUACAGCUGGACAAUCAGACGCAGUGCCUGAUUCAGGAUCACUGUACGCAACCCGCGAACAUGGCUGGUUUGCCCGCGAUCAAUGUACCGAUCGAGCUCUCUCGCAAUGGUCUACCUUUGUCCUUGCAAUUAAUGGCGCCGCUCUUUCACGAACAGAGGCUACUUACCGUGGCAAAGUGGCUCGAACAGGCAGUGCGAUUCCCGCGACUUGAACUGAAGAAUUCGUGUCUACUUGAAUAAACUAACUUUUUUAUAAACAUCGAUAUUUUAUUUAUCUUCUGAAUUCUUUUAAAUUUGCAUUAUAUAUAUUUCAUAGAUACAUUUGGUCUGUUACGAUUAUUUACGAACUGCCAGCUUUGCAACCGGUUUUCAUAUAUGCAUCUUUCGAGUAUUACGUAUACAAUUAGAACGAAAAUUAGGUUUCGUCGCAUUGCGCAACGGUCGCAACUCCGAGGCCAUGCAAUGCAAACAAAUUAUACUCCGGUACACCAUCGAGCGUAUCUGAAAUUCUAUUCGUCGAAUAAUGGCGUUUGCUUUUGCAACCUUCGUUUCACUGCACUGUAACGUUCAUUAUGUACAAAGACGAAAUUAUGAUUCUCUUUAUUAUAAGACUAAUUCUUCAGAAAAAAGGUAAGCAAAAAGCUUAUCCAAGUAAAUAUUAUAGAAAGAACAACUUGUUAUUUUUUUAAAGCAUCUCUUGUGCAGCCUUUUUUAUGUCGAAUUUUUGCAUUCCGUAUUUUCUAUCUCGACAUACGUAUAUCCUCAUUUCAUUAGCUAGUCAUCGAGGUUCGCACGGCGAAACUUUGACAUUUCGAAAUUUAUUGUCCCUCAAGGAUCCGAGGGUGAUUUAAGUGGAGAACAAACAACUGAGAACAUCGCGCGCGUACAAAAUCUAUUCACGUAGCGUUUUCGAUAAUUAGAUCGUUGUGACAUUUCAGUCUAAUCUAUUGUUCGCAUUACAUUAAGAAGCUAACAGAGAAACGGGACAAUCUAAUGCGUAUUUAUAAAGUCAAUUAUAUUUUAUUGUUGCAAAAUGAUAUAUAAAAAUUUACAUAUUAUUAUUUAUAGAGAUUACAGAGAAUGAUAAUUGCAGAUUAUACAAUAAAUUUAGAUUCGAAUAUUACAUAAUUUAUGUGUAUAAUAAUUUAUUACUAAUCGAAUUACAUUUUUCUUUUAACACGAGUACAUUUCCUUAUCUUGAAAUAAACCUUGCUUUCGUUAUUUCAAA